AAGUUGUCCAUCAUUGACGCGAGCAUUCUCCCCGUUUGCCCGUCGACCCACAUUACCUCUACCAUGUAUGCUGUAGCUGAAAAGCCCCACAAAGUUUUGGCCACUCCAUCUGGGGUAAUGUGGGUCGACGGGCAAACGGGGAGAAUGCUCGCGUCAAUGAUGGACAACUUCUUUGUUCCAUACACAAGCAAAUCA